GCCAGUGUCUGACACGACAAAAGGACAGCAACUCCUGAAUAACUGGAGUAAAGAUGAAACCACGUGCUUUAUCGGGGACAUUAAGUUUUAGACGUCAGACUGAGAGCCUGUAGCCAUGGAUGGGCAUGUUGCCAAAAACAAUGAAAGCACCUUCCCCAGCUUCGUGGAUCUGGAUGACUUUCUUACCAAGCACAACUCGAAUUUCAUCUGGCUCCUCGUUGCUACCAUUCUGUCCUGUGGAUGGAUCAUCUAUUUAACUUAUUACAACUCCCGCAACAUUGGCCUCAUCCUCACCCUCAUCAUCAACAGACUCUACAAGGAUGGCUACAUUCACAUCGGCUCCUUCUCCUUCUCUGUGCUGUCGGGGAAAGUCAUGUUCAGAGACGUCUAUUACAUCAACCAAGACAUGUCCAUCAGGAUACAGGAUGGCUUCCUCAUAUUUCGCUGGUGGAAAAUGUAUAACCCAAAACAGAAACAGCAUGACCCCAAGGCAGAGACCAGGCUUUACGUGACAGUCAACGGCUUUGAGUUCCACGUCUACAACCGAACCGACCUCUACGCCCGCCUACAGGAGACCUUCGGACUGGAACCCACACUCAUAACACCCAAAAAAGAUGAAGAGAGGGGACGAGAGGACAGAAACAAAACCCUGGACAGUGUGAACAUCAAAGCAGAGAGUCCAGACCCUUCGUCGUCUUGGCGCUCCCUCAUUCCUGUCAUCAAAGUUAACAUCAGCACCGGUCGCUUGGCGUUUGGGAACCACUACCUCCCGCAGACUCUGUGUGUGAACUUUGAGGACGCCUUCCUGACGUACGCCACCAAGCCUCCAUCCAGCCACCUGGACCAGUACAUGCACAUCGUCAAAGGCUCGCUGGAAAAUGUGCGUGUCAUGCUGGUUCCUAGUCCACGCUACUUGGGCAUGCAGAAUGAUGAACCUCCCAGACUGAUGGGUGAAGGUUUUGUGGUGAUGCAGUCCAAUGACGUUGACAUCUAUUACUACCAGGAUGAACCCGGUCUGGUCCCUGUGGAGCAGGAGAGUGGGGAGGAGGCAGAGACGUGCAGUGAGGGUGAUAAGCUCCAGGAUUUGCCUCCGUGUUGGGGUCUGGAUAUCGUCUGUGGAAAAGGAACUGACUUCAACUACGGGCCUUGGGCGGAUCGGCAGAGGGACUGUCUGUGGAAGUUCUUCAUCCCGGCCGACUACCAGGACAUGAAAGUCACAGAGGUCGCCCAGCCAGGAAAACCCAGACAGAUCCAGGCAUUCGAGCUCCGCAUGAACAUCAUUGCUGACGCCACCAUCGAUCUGCUUUUCACCAAAAACAGGGAAACCAAUGCCAUCCAUGUGAAUGUAGGUGCAGGCUCUUACUUGGAAGUCAACAUCCCCAUGACUGUAGGAGAGAAUGGCUACUCUCCCACCAUCAAAGGUCAGCUGCUUCACGUGGACACCACCAGCAGCAUGCAGUACAGGACGCUUCUGGAGGCUGAGAUGUUAGCUUUCCAUGUGAUAGCCAGUUACCCUCGGGUGUGGAACAUGCCUCAGUCGUGGCAGUGUGAGAUUGAGGUGUACAAGGCCACCUACCACUUCAUCUACGCCCAGAAAAACUUUUUCACUGAUUUGAUCCAGGACUGGGCGAGUGAUAGCGCCCCAGACAUCUACUCCUUUGUGCCGUAUUCCUGGAAAUUCAAGAUCCUUUUCCACCAGUUUGAGAUGAUCUGGGCGGCAAAUCAGCACAACUGGAUCGACUGUUCCACCAAGCAGCAAGAGAAUGUGUACCUGGCAGCGUGUGGCGAGACGCUUAAUAUAGACUUCACUUUGCCUUUCAAUGAGUUUGUUCCAACCACCUGCCAUACCCGCUUCAGCUUGAAGGCGGAGGAUACAGACAUGCGACUGUCCCUGCCGGAGUGCCACCCGAGCCGCUACCCCCUCCUCACCCUGGCCAAAGACUACCAGAACGUCAAGCUCCCUCCGGACAUGUUCAUGCCGGGGGAGAAUCAAGGCGCUCCCCCUCCCAAACCCAGCAAGUCUUGCUGGAGGAACAUCACCCACGCAGAGGCUGGCUGGGUGGAUUGCUGGAGUGUACCCAACUUCUUGCUCAUCAUUGACUACACCUGGCAUCCCAUUUAUCCCCAGAAGGCUGAUGAGCAGCUCAAACAGUCACUGUCUGAAAUGGAGGAAUCAAUGCUGUCAGCUCUGCGUCCCCCAGAACACACAUCUGUACCCCACAAUGCCCCGCCACGCUUCGCCACAUCUUCCUCAGCUGCUCACAGCAGGGUGCCCACUGACCCCUCAGAGCUCCCCCCUGACAGACUUCACGUGGAGAUGGAAAUGUCUCCAGAUUCUCAAAUCAUCCUCUAUGGGCCUUUGCUCCGAGCACUGAUUUCCAUCAAGGAAAACUAUUUUGGGGAGGAUGACAUGUACACAGACUUUGAGGAGGCGGUGUCCAGCCCCGUGUUAUCCACCUCGACCUCCUCGGGCCUCGGCUGGUCUCCUCUGGGCAUGGAGGACAGCGAACAGAAAGAAACCUCAGACCUCCAUCCGCUGGACCUGCGCCCCUGGGACAUCACUGUGCUCAUCAACCUUUACAAAGUCCACGGCCGACUGCCCAUGCACUGCAGCAGCGAGGGUCCCGAAGGUCCAUCCGGCUUCUUGGAGCGGCUGUGUUUUGAAAUGAAAAAGGGUUACAAGGAGACGAUGCUUCAGCUGCUCCUGUCUCCCAUUCACAUCUUCAUCAGUGACAACUACCAGCGACCCACAUCAGACGGGGUCUUGAGGGAUGGCCACCUGAGUCUGUCUGGCCUGCAGAUGAGGGCCCACGCCAUGUUCUCUGCUCAGGGCCUUCCUCUGGGCAGUGACACGCUGGAGUACGCCUGGCUCAUUGACAUGCAGGCCGGGGGGCUUACUGGCAGGGUCACUGUACCACAGCUGGCCAGCAUGAUAGAGUGGGGUGAAACCUUUGUUUUCCACGUGGUGUCCCGAGAGUUCCAGCUGGAACAGCCCAAGCCCUCCGUCAUCUGCCAGCACGGUGUUGACCGUCGUAUCUGUGAUGCAAAGCUGAGCUGCCUGCCAGGUCACUGCCGCACAUCAGAGGAGCUGAAGUACACCAUGACGAGACUGGCCAUGGACGGAGUUGACCUCUUCAUUGUGGAGCACGGCUGUGCUGCCAGUAUCAAGACGGGGAUUAUUCGCGUAGCCAACUGCAACCUGCACAACCAGGCAGUGGGAGAGGGCAUCAGUGCUGUGGUGCAGGACAUAAACAUCCGGCAGUACAUUGAACAGCAGCAGCACAGCGAGGCGACCAGGCUGCAGCCGGCUGGACAGGGUCAAGGUCCGGGUCAACCGUUAGGUCUCGGUCAGCCCCCUUUGCUGCGACGCUCUGUCUGGCUGGAGGCGGGUUCACUCAACCUGAACCUCAUCACAGCAGACAUUGCCUUGGCCGCGGACCACCCAGCCAAAUGUGAAGUCCAGAGGCAUUUUCUGGAACUACACGAUGCUCAGACCAAAAGACUCUGGUUCCUGUGGCCAGAAGAGGCUGGCGUCCGGAACAAGCGCAGCAGGAACCGCUGCGGCUGCCUCGGAGGCUGCAGGUUCUUCGGCGGCACCAACAUGGGCCUGGACUUCUUCAGGCUGGAAGAGCUGACGCCGUCUUCCUCAUCGGCGUUCUCCACCACUGGCUCCGAGUCAGACAUGUGUUACGGCCAGUCCUUGCUACAGCCUGGGGAGUGGAUCAUUACAAAGGAAACACCCAAAGUGGAUGGGAGAGUUGUCGGGCUGAAAACAGACACACACUCGCCUUGUCUGCCUCCUGAGCUGCCUGAGAGGCGGGGUCAGCAGCACCUCAGUCUCCAGGUGCCCCAACGCUCCCACAGCUCGGCCUCCUCCUCCGAGGAAAAUAGUUCGUCCAGCGCGGCGUUGCCCCUGCUGGCUGGGGAGAGGGACACCCCCUCGCCAAGCACAGAGGAGCGCAUGUUCCCCAUGAACGGCAAAAGCCCUGCUGACACCCUAGGGGAAGUCCCAGAGGUCUCACCAGUCUCACCCAACAGCUCCCAGGACCGCUCAUCUGUGCGCUCACCCCUCUGCUCCCCUCUCAAGCGCCAGUCCUCGGUUCACUCAGGUCGCCUGGGCAGCACCAAGAGCCUCUCGGCGGCCGUUUUUACCGACAAACCUCCUCCUGUGCUCUCCGGAGGCGUCCAGUUCAGCAGCGAGGUUUCCCGCAGCGACGAGAACGUCCUGGAUUCACCGCGCCAGCGCAGAAGCUACGGCUCCUUUCCCUUCACUCCCUCAGCGGACUCCAACACCUUCCAUCAGUACCGUUCUGCCGACUCAAGCAUGUCCGUGGCCGACAGCGAGGCCUACUUCUCCGCCGCCGAGGACUUUGAGCCAAUUAGCAGUGCUGAUGAGGGUCCAGGGACAUACCCAGGCCGCAAGAAGAAGAGGAGGCAGCAGAUGCAGCAGCCACAGCAGCCCCCGUAUCACAUGGAAAACUACAGCCGGAGCUCCAUCUACCACAGCGUUGAGGGUCCCCUCACGUACGUUCUCAAUGGGGAGUUAAUCACCGAGCCACGCCCCCUGCCGCUGCCACCAACGCUGCCCCCGCUCCCGCCUCAGCCUCUGCCCAGCCAUACAUCCCAGGCCUCCUUCGUCUCAGCCCUGGCCAUGGAGGAAGAGAGCUCAGUGGAGGCAGAGAAGACAGCUGAACCCGGACCUGUCACCCGACAGCCCCACGUCAUGGCGUGCUACCAGAGCUACCUGGCCCACUACCAGGUCUCAAAUUGGUCUGUGAAGCAGCCCACCAAUAAGAGGACCUCCAAGUCUUCCCUGCACCGCCCCUUAGAUCUGGACACGCCUACCAGUGAGGAGAGCUCUGCCUCCUUUGACCAGCUUUCUGUCCCCAGCUUUAAGGUGAUAAAGCAGGGCCUGUCGGCCAGUUCUCUCCUGGAUAGAGGAGUUCAGCUGAUGGGAGAGAAUAACAGUACACCAUAUACCCCGCUGGACAAGAGAGCCAUGGACAACACAGAUGAGGACACAACAACAGAUGACUGGACUCUGGAGCAGCCUUUAGCUCAGACCAGGACCACUGCCAUCGUGGAGGUGAAGGGGGCCAUCAAUGUGGUGCUCACGCCCCUUGUGGCUGAAUCGCUGGACAGGUAUAUUGAGUCCAUGGUCCACUUUGCCAGUAUUCGACACCCUGCGGCAAUUCUGGACGACCUUCAUGGGAAAGUCCUCAAUGAGGCUUAUCAGAUCAGCAAGUCCACCGUCACUGAGUCUAGCCAAACAGGCAAGCAGGAGCACAAGCUGUCCAAGACAGAGGGCACGACCCCUGGCUCCAUCAACAUCUCCCACGGCCAGACGGACCUGUCCGUCAAACCAGAUAAUGUGAAAAUCAAGGGCCUCCAAGCCAACGUCUCCAUCCCCAAGGUGAACCUUUGCCUCCUGCAGGCUUCUGUAGAGGAGGGGUCACCUUCUUGCUCCAGUAAGUGUGUCACACAUGUGUCUCUGGUGGCGCUGUGCUUCGACAGGAUUGCCACCCAGUUCAGAAUGAACAGGGGCAUCGUAGAAGAGACUCCCAACACCACAGAACAUGGCCGACCCUCCGUCAUGCUGGAGAAGUACGCCUCAGCCACCAAGAUGCAGCCCCAGUCAUCUGGCUCUCUGCGCUCCAACGCCGGCAUCGAGAAAGGCAAAGAGAUCGCCGCAAGGCUCAACGUCCACCGUAUCCACAGUCAGCUCCGAGGCCUCGACUCCACAGACAUCGGCACAUGUGCCAUCACAGCCAUCCCCUUUGAGAAGUCCAAAGUGCUGUUUGGCCUGGAGGAAAUGGAGGAAUUUUCACUAGUAGAUGAGACAGAUGCGCAGGCCACCUCGGGUGAUCUGGGCCGUUCCACAACCUCUCUUGAGAAAUGGGGCUGGAUCAUGUUUGAAUGUGGCAUCGAGAACCUCACAGUCAAAGGGGGCCGCCAGUCUGGAGCCAUUCUUUACAACGCAUUUGGUGUGAUGGGACGCUCGGACGCUGGGGGGAAAACGGGAAUAUCUAAGUCUAAUGGGUCGACAGGCUCGCAGACAGGAAGUGGUUACAGCACUGACGUCUCUGAUGACAACCUGGCACAUGAUGCUGUCAGCCCUGCUUCUGAUGUCAACGAACACUCGGACUCAGACGACCAAGAUGAAGGGGUCGAGUCAGACGACCUGAAGAAAGACCUCCCCCUCAUGCCCCCACCGCCUGACUCCAGCAGCAUGAAGCUGACCAUCAGAGAGAUCUGGUUCAGCUUUGCUGCUCCCACUAAUGUGCGUUCACCUUCACAGGCCAUCUCCAGGCAGUUGAAUCUGCUCAGCACAGCCACGCCGGCCAUCGGAGCCUGGUUGGUUCCCAUCGACCAGCUCAAAUCUUCUCUACGCAAACUGGACAUGGAGGGCACACUGCGUGUGUGUGCUGUCAUGGGUUGCAUCAUGACAGAAGCUCUUGAGAAAAAGAGCAUCCACAUCCCGAUCCGGAGCAAGUACAACCGCGUGACCAAGCGAGCUCGCUACCUGCAUGAGAAUCCCUCCUGUAUGCUAUGUAAUAUCCUGCACCGCUAUCUGCAACAGGCUGACUACUCCGUCAUAGAGGAGGCCACCAUGAAUGAUGGGGUCCCAGCCCUUGUGACUCUAAAGAAAGGGCUGGUAGCUCUGGCCAGACAAUGGAUGAAAUUCAUUGUGGUAACUCAGGGCUUCAAGGCUAUCGGUCUGAUGAGGCCCAAUCAGCUUACUAAACCCAAGGAACCUCAGCAGAGCCUGGGUGAGACCAUCCUGGGCCUGGACAACGGAGCUGCCCUGCAGAGCGACACCAGUGCUGAUGGAGCUGAAUUUGAAUUUGACGCAGUGAGUGAACACACCAUGUUGCUGGAGGGAGCGUGCAGUCGUCCCCCACCUAAAGAAGCGAACUCCGGUCCUGUCAGCGGAGUGGAGAUCAUGAGGAAACUGUCCAAGUCCCACACACACAGCGAGUCUGCACUCAGGAUAAAGGGCUCCCAUCCAUACCAGUCACUGAGCUACACCAGCGGUGACACAGCAGCUGACUCACCCGCCCACGUGAGCCGCGCAGGCCUGCCAGCCAAGGACAGCCCGAGGAAGGAGAGUCUCCUGAGCAAUCUGACGGGCAGCUUUCGGAGUCUGCACAACCUGCUGGAGGGCACGCCUCAGAGGAACGAGCCUUCUGCUGCCGCCGCAGCCAAGAGCAGCUCCCUCACUCGCACAGGGAACAGCUUAGGGACAGAUAUGCUGACGGAGCACCCGCUGCUGUCGGAGCCCUCCUCCGUCAGUUUUUACAACUGGAUGUCCAACGCUGUGGGCAACAGGACUGGAGCUGGAAACCAGGAGUCUCCGGUCAACCGCUCCCAGCACAACAGCCUACAGACAGGUGGGACGUGUAACCUGCCCACAAUUCCCUCAGCGUCAGACUUCAACACAGUGCUCUCCAGCGACCAGAACACCCUGGAUGGGACCCACUCCCAGCAUUCCCAGCAUAGCACCAGCCAGGACGACAUGGCCGACAUCGAGGAGGGCAACCAGUGUCCAGCUGCAGUUCAACUGGCAGACGCUCAGGUUGUUUUCAAGCCUUUGCUGAGCUACACAGGCAUCCAGGCUCAAGACACCACACCUCUUAGUUAUAAGAUGUAUUUUGGAGAGCACCUGUCUUUUUCUGGCAACCUCGAGUGUCUCAGAGCAGACAUCGUCGACUCUGACACCUCCAAAGAGCGCAAGAACAAAAAAUCCAAGAGACAAGGCAUGGUGAACCUCCCUCCUCUGGAGUUUAAGCCAGCACUGCUGAUUGAGACAUUCAGUCUGAAUGCAGUGGUGAUGGAGAAGUCGAGCAGCGCGCCGCAGGGCCCCACUGCGGCCCCACUUUCCUUCCACGACCUCAACCGCCGCCACUUCAACACGUUCCACUGCGACUUCACCACAGCCUGCCAGGCCAUCAGCCAGCGCGUCGACAUGGCCCUGGUGCGCCUCAUCCACCAGUUCAGCACCAUGAUCGACGACAUCAAGGCCACGCAGACCGACAUCAAGCUGAGCCGCUACACCGCUGGCUCCGCGUCGCCGACGCCCACCUUCAAGGCGCGGCCCUACCGCCACUUCAGGUCGUCAGACUUCAGCCGCAGCUCCCGGGGCAGCCUAAAUGGGGCAGGCCGCAGUGGAACCCAGACACUGAAGAGCAAGAGAGGGGCUGGUGGAGGGGGCAUGGACACGCUGGGGAGAAGGGAGCCUCGAGGACGCAGCUCCCUCGGACGUUCAGAGCGACGCACCUCCAAGGUGUCGAGGAAGGGCUCCCGUGACGUGGCGGACCACAUGGCAAUCCAGAUGGACGACUCAGACUCCAUCACGGUGUCAGAGCAGAGCGAGCCAUCAGCAGAAUGUUGGCAGAACAUGUACAAGCUGCUCAACUUCUACUCCCUCAUCUCUGAUCCCACCGGCAUCCUGGAGAAAAGCUCCCCAGAGAACUGCCUCUCAGAGGGUGGGCGUCGGCCCUCGGAGCCGCUCUGCAAAGUGAUCUUUGAGAACGAACAGCAGGACCCCACCACGCCCAACAAGCCCCCGGGUGCGGGCGGGAGGCGGCGUAGCCUGGUGAGCUCCGAGCCCCAGCACGUCACACUUAUAGUGUUCGGCAUCGGCAUGGUGAACCGCACCCACCUGGAGGCCGACAUCGGCGGGCUGACCAUGGAGGCCGAGCUCAAGAAGAUCCACGGAAGUUUCACUCUGAAGGAGAAGAUGAAAGAUAUCCUGCACCAGAAAAUGACUGAGACGUGUGCGUCGGCUCAUAUAGGAGGGGUAAACAUUGUCCUCCUGGAGGGCAUAACCCCCGACAUCCAACUGGAGGAUUUCCCAACAUCUCCCACCAGCACAGCUAAACAAGAGUUUCUAACCGUGGUCAAAUGCAACAUCGCCAAAUCCCAGGCCUUAUACAGCGCCCAGCGGGGACUGAAGACAAACAACGCAGCUGUCUUCAAAGUGGGAGCCAUCAUGAUCAACAUACCCCAGCACCCGGCUACUUUGCACAGCAUGAUGGUCCGCAGCUCCCACCAGCUCUCCAAGCAGAUCUCUGACCUCAUUCGCCAACCCUCCAACAUUCAGCCUCCGAACAGAGAGGACACCCCCACCCCACAACUCUCCGACAAAGCCUCCAGCAUCAAUCAGACGCCUGUGGAGGCCAACGAAUUCCCCCAGCUUCCCGAAGGCCUGGAGAAGAAGCCCAUUGUCCUCAAGUUCAGCGCCAUGAUGGAUGGCAUCACCAUCGGGGCUGCCCUCCUGCCCUCACUUAAAGCGGAGUACAAAAUGGGUCGAAUGAAGAGCCAUGGCAUGACAGGGGCACAAACCAGUUUCACUUUUGAGUUGCCCAACCACAAGCUUUGCUUCCAGUCAAAAGUGUCCCCUGUGGACAUGUCCACCAUGCCGCCAUCAGCCAGCCUCACGCUGCCUCCAGUCACCAUGUCAGGAGAGUACAUCAUGGAGGACCACGAGAGCCACUCGGACCAGGGCUGGGCACCGGACGACUUCCCGGCGAAGCAAGGAAACUACCUGCAAGGAAACUACCUGCGCUGUGUGGCUGAGAUUGGUUCAUUUGAGCACAACCUGACCACAGACCUGCUCAACCACCUGGUGUUCCUGCAGAAGGUUUUCAUGAAGGAGGUCAAUGAGGUCAUUCAGAAGGUUUCAGGAGGAGAACAACCCAUCCCAUUGUGGAACGAGCACGACACCUCAACUGACGCAGACAAGCCCAAAAUCCUGCUUUAUUCACUCAGCCUCAUGUUCAAGGGAAUCCAGAUGACAGCAACCACUCCUUCCAUGCGAGCUGUGCGCUUUGAGACAGGCCUGAUCGAGCUGGAGCUAUCCAACAGGAUCCAGUGCAAGGCUCAGCCCGGCGGCAGCAGCAGCUACCUCAAACUGUUUGGCAAAUGUCAAGUAGAUCUCAACCUGGCCCUUGGACAGAUAGUGAAGCACCAGGUGUACGAAGAAGCCGGCUCAGACUUCCACCAGGUGGCGUAUUUCCGUACUCGGAUCGGUCUCCGGAACGCUCUGCAGGAGGAGAUCAGUGGCUCCUCUGACAAGGAGGCCGUCCUCAUCACACUCAACAGACCAAUUGUUUUUGCCCAGCCAGUGGCAUUUGACAGAGCUGUGCUCUUCUGGCUGAAUUACAAGGCAGCGUAUGACAACUGGAAUGAGCAGCGCAUGGCUCUCAACAAGGACAUCCACAUGGCCACAAAAGAGGUGGUGGACAAGUUGCCAGGCAUCCAGCAGACCUCGGCACAGGCCUUCAGCACUCUCUUCCUGCAGCUAACUGUGAACGACCUGGGCAUCUGCCUGCCCAUCACCAACACAUCCCAGGCCAACCACAGCAUAGAUUUUGACGCCGGCUCAGCUCUGGUCCUGACCAUUGAGAGCACACUGAUCACCGCCUGCUCCUCUGAGUCCCUGGUGAGCAAAGGCCACUUUAAGAAUUUCUGCAUCCGCUUCGCAGAGGGCUUCGAGACGUCCUGGGACGACUGGAAGCCUGAAGUGCGAGGGGAUCUGGUCAUGAACGCUUGUGUAGUCCCUGAUGGUACAUAUGAAGUAUGCUCCAGGACUACGGGGCAACCUUCUGCAGAGAGCAGUAGCGCUGGUACAUGGACUCUCAAUGUGCUCUGGAAAAUGUGCGGUAUUGACGUUCACAUGGAUCCCAACAUCGGCAAGCGCCUCAAUGCUCUAGGCAACACACUGACUUCACUGACGGGCGAGGAGGACGUCGACGACAUCGCUGACCUGAACUCCGUCAACAUGGCGGACCUUUCAGACGAGGACGAGGCUGACACCAUGUCACCCACAAUCCACAUGGAGACCAUUGACCCCAGAAGGCAGAUGGUGAUGGGAAACCAGGUUAUUGAUGCUAGAGGGAGGAAGUUCACCAAGAGGGUGGUGGACAUCAGAGAGCUGAAUGAACAGGCCAAGGUCAUCGAUGACCUCAAGAAGUUGGGAGCCAGCGAAGGCACCAUCAACCAGGAGAUCCAGCGCUAUCAGCAGCUGGAGUCUGUGGCCGUCAACGACAUCAGGAGAGACGUGCGAAAGAAACUGCGUCGCUCCAGCAUGAGGGCGGCCUCUCUAAAGGAUAAGUGGGGUCUUGGCUACAAACCAAGCUACAACCGCUCCAAAAGCAUCUCGGCAGCAGCGGGCAGACCACCUCUAAAAAGGAUGGACAGACAAAGUUCCAGAAUAGGGGAUGUGGAUGAUUUACCAGAUAUCCGUGUGGAUGCUUCCUCUCCUGGACCUCGGGUCACCUUCAACAUCCAGGACACGUUUCCUGAGGAGACAGAGGUGGACCUGUUGUCAGUCACCAUUGACGAGCCAUCCCAUCUUCAUCAUCACCUUCAUCUUCAUUCUCCAUCCGUUGCUGAGGGCCAGCACUCAGCUUUCAGUGCCCCCGGCACCCCUGCUGUCUUCUCACCCACAAUUCCCUUCCAGCACGACGACAUGAGGCGCGACGACCUGUCCUCUUCCUCCUCCGAAGACUCCGAGAAGGAGGACGAGUUUGAACGCGAGAGACCGCAGAGCUAUCGAAGGCCGUUCCAAGCGUCUCACAGGAAGUCCUCGGGUUUUUCUGCUGUGAGUCAGCUGUUCAGCGAGCGCUGGCCGAGCACGCCGGCCAACCGCAGCUUCAGUGGCCCGGCAACCGAAAGAAACAUUGACUUUGAGCUGGACGUCCGUGUGGAGAUUGACAGCGGGAAGUGUGUCCUUCACCCGACUACUCAGCAACCCGAGCACGAGGACAUUUCCUUCAGGAGGAGCUGUGAGCGCAGCCUCAGGAGUCUGGACCAGGAGUCUCCCCCCAAGAAGAAGAAGCUGCAGCCCACCUACACCUCCACCACCCAUCUCUUAGCUGGAAAGAAAUGUCCCUCCUCUCUGCAGACCAAGUCUAAUGACAUGGAGACAACAGUAUUUUACAUUCCAGGAGUAGACGUUAAGCUGCACUACAACUCCAAGACCCUGAAGACGGAGUCGCCCAAUGCCUCACGUGGAUCCUCUCUCCCCCGCACUCUCUCCAAAGAGUCGAAGCUGUAUGGUAUGAAAGAUAUCGGCCCUCCCAACCCUCCCAAUGCAGUCCAAAGCAAGACUAACUCGCUCCUACCUCCCCCGCCCCCACCUAUUCCAUCAGCCAAAGGUAAGGGCAGUGGAGGGGUAAAGACAGCCAAGCUGUAUGCCUGGGUGGCCCUCCAGACUCUGCCAGAGGAGAUGGUCAUCAGCCCCUGUCUGCUGGACUUCCUGGAAAAAGCACUAGAGACCAUUCCCAUCACUCCUGUGGAGAGGAACUGUGCAGCUGUAGCUUCCCAGGAGGAGGACAUGGGUCAGUUCGAUACGGUGGAACAGCUGGAGGAAUCCACCACCUCCCUGGUCUCCUCCUCCACGUCGGCCUACUCCUCCUUCCCUGUGGACGUGGUCGUCUAUGUCAGAGUCCAGCCUUCUCAGAUCCGCUUCAGCUGCCUGCCCAUGUCCAGGGUGGAGUGUAUGCUCAAGCUACCCUCUUUAGACCUGGUCUUCUCCUCUAACCGCGGAGAAUUGGAGACCCCAACAGGAGCCCACCCCACCGACGGAUCACACCCACCUUCCUCCACACCGCCAGGGCAACACAUCCCCAAACCGCCUCCCAGCAAAGCAUCUCCGUUGCUGGGGAGCCCUCUGGGCAGGAGCCGCCACAGCAGCAGCCAGUCCGACCUCACAGGCCCCCCAAGUAACUCCUCAGGCCUCAGCUUCACUGCCUGCAUGUCUGACUUCUCCCUCUACGUCUUCCACCCCUACGGCGCCGGGAAGCAGAAAUCUGCUGUCACAGGGUUGCCUCCGGGCCCAGGGCCAUUAGGUACAGUAGACGAGGAGCCAUCUUCCGUAACAGGAAGAAAAGACUCUCUGAGCAUCAACCUGGAGUUUGUGAAGGUCAGCUUGUCCAGGAUGAGGCGAACUGGAUGCCCCACAUUCAUUGAAAGCUUCAUUCCUGCCAAAGGUGGCAAAAUGGACACCACCCUCAUCAACAUCUCAGCUGUGUGCGACAUUGGCUCAGCUUCCUUCAAGUACGACAUGAGACGACUGAGCGAGAUCCUGGCCUUCCCCAGAGCCUGGUACCGGCGAAGUAUCGCCAGGCGCCUCUUCCUUGGAGACCAGACAAUCAACCUGCCAGCCUCCGGCCCCGCCACCCCCGACUCGGCCGAAAACGUCACCCAACAUCUGUCCCCUGAGUCCAGUCGGAAAGCUUACUGGAGGACAUGGGAUGGCAGCACCGGGACUCAGCACAUGCCCCAGUCCCCCAACGUCUUUUCUGAGCACUCCACUGGAAGCAACAUGUCCCCCGGUGGCCUGGGCCACCUCAAGUCUCCCGCACCUGGUCGCACCAGGAGUGUGUCUGAUUCUUCGGCUCCUAGGAGAGAUUCGGUGACCAAAACAUCCACUCCUUCAUUCGGUAAAAAUGGGAAGGCAGCAGGUCAGCAGGGGGCGCCGUGGGAGACGCUGGUGGUGUUUGCCAUCAACUUGAAACAGCUCACCGUCCAAAUGAACAUGAGCAAUGUGAUGGGAAACAAUACCUGGACAACCAGUGGGCUGAAGAGUCAGGGCCGACUGUCUGUCGGCAGCAACCGGGACCGAGAGAUCAGCAUGUCUGUUGGCCUCGGCCGCUCCAAACUCGACUCCAAGGGCGGGGUGGUGGGUGGCAAUAUAGACGUGAACACCCUGGAGAUGGUCUCCCACAUCUCUGAACACCCUAACCAACAACCCAGCCAUAAGAUCCAGAUCACCAUGGGCUCUACGGAGGCGCGGGUGGACUACAUGGGCUCCAGUAUCCUGAUGGGAGUGUUCAGUAACGCUGACCUGCAGCUGCAGGACGAGUGGAAGGUCAACCUGUGCACUGUUGACACCAGCCUAUCAGAGAAGAGUGAGAUCUUUGUCCACGGGGACUUGCAGUGGGACAUUUUCCAGGUGAUCAUUUCACGCUCUACCACACCAGACCUCAUCAAGAUCGGCAUGAAGCUGCAGGAGUUUUUCACUCAGCAGUUCGACACCAGCAAGCGCGCCCUUUCCACCUGGGGCCCUGGCCCCUACCUGCCCCCAAAAACGCCUGUCAUCAACACUGAGAAAGGAGCUGCUGAGCUUUACAUGGAUGCGGCCCAUCACCGCCACUGGCCCGGGGUGCUGAAGGUAAUCGCCGGCUGCCACAUCUCCCUCUUCCAGAUGCCUCUGCCCGAGGACGCUGUGCAGCUGGGCGGUUCAAUGAGCCUCCAUGGCAAUCACAUGACCCUGGCCUGCUUCCACGGGCCCAACUUCCGCUCCAAAUCGUGGGCUCUGUUCCACCUGGAAGAGCCCAACAUCGCCUUCUGGACAGAGGCUCAGAAGAUCUGGGAGGACGGUUCCAAAGAUGAUUCUACCUACAUCGUUCAGACACUGGAUUUCCAUCUCGGUCAUAACACUAUGGUAACAAAACCAUGUGGUGCACUCGAAAGCCCAAUGGCCACCAUAACCAAAAUAACCCGGCGGCGGCACGAAAACCCUCCACAUGGUGUUGCCACUGUCAAAGAAUGGUUCAACUACGUUACUGCCAUGAGGAACGAAGAGCUGAACUUGCUCAGGAACGUGGAAGCCAACAACCAAGAGAGCGGAGUGGCUGCCAAGAGCUCCAGUCUGCUGAGCAGCUUCCGCAGCUCCUCCAGCUACAACCACGAAACAGAGACUAUCUUUGCUCUUCCCAGAAUGCAGCUGGACUUCAAGUCUAUCCACGUACAAGAUCCAGAUGAACCUUCUCUAACAGACUCCAACAGCAAACCCAAGGUGGAGUGCAGCGUUGUGACAGAAUUCACCGACCACAUCUGUGUCACCAUGGACGCUGAGCUCAUCAUGUUCCUUCAUGACCUGGUGUCAGCUUACCUGAAGGAGAAGGAGAAAGCCCUUUUCGCCCCGCGGAUGUUCGCGGCUCGGCCAGGCCAGAAGAGCCCCACGGCCCUGCACGACGAAAGCUCCACAGACAAGGACAAGGACAUGGACGACGGGAUCAACUACACCACGGUGGACUGGAGGGAGUUCAUGUGCAACACCUGGCACUUGGAGCCCACUCUCAGGCUCAUCUCCUGGACAGGACGUAAGAUCGACCCAGUGGGUGUGGACUACAUCCUGCAGAAACUCGGCUUCCACCACGCCAGGACUACAAUUCCCAAGUGGCUGCAGAGGGGAGUGAUGGACCCGCUGGACAAGGUGCUGUCGGUGCUGAUCAAGAAGCUGGGCACCGCCCUGCAGGACGAGAAGGAGAAGAAAGGCCGCGACAAGGAGGAGCACUGAAGAAGACUCUCAUGCCACUGUAAUCAAAGCUGUGCAUCCAUUCUCUACAGGUCACAAACACUGGACUACUGUGUUACAGUGGCGACUACUGUAACAGCGCACUUGUCAAACAUACCCAUGUUACCCUGUGAAUCUCAGUAUAGUUGUUUACUGUGGUGCAUGCCACUAGCGGCUCCAACUGAAGCGUUUUGCACCGGUUAUUUUCUGUAUAUUUUGAACAAAGUAGCAAAUGUUAGUAUUAUUUGACUGCUUUAAUGGUAAAACCCUGCCUCUUUUACCUGUUGUAAAUGACCUUACUGAAAUCGCUUGAAAGUUUAUUUUAAGGCUUACCAAUAUUUCAUGAGAAAUGAUUUCUUAUACCAUUGCCUUUUCUUUGUUUCCCAUGGAACACAUGGUAGAUAUGCUUUAUGUAUUUUAUAGCGUAGUUUUAUGAUAUUUAAGACCAGAACAACAGUUCAGUGACAGUGUUUUUGAUUUUUUUUUUUCUUUCUCUGAGGUGAACAAAUACAUACUGGGAGGUUACGGCACAUCAUCCACUCAGUCAUGAGGAUGACAUAAACUUGUAAUUAUAAUUUGAACCAAGAUCAUUAUUUAUGGGUAUGUGAAAUGCAAAGUCUAUAACAUGUAUUAGCUUGGUGUGUCAAGCUUAUUUUUGUCUUUUUUUUAAUCCAUACAGUAGAACCAGUGUAUAUAAUUAAAUUUCUUAAAUGUGUUGAUUUCCUAACUUAAUAAAAAUAU